GCCUCUCUGCUAUAAAGACGAAAUGGUUGGUUUCUUGGCCGGACGAGCCGGACUUCCGGCAUUUCGUUGAUCGCCUUUUUGACCCCUUUUCAACUGCUACUCCACGCUCCAUGGCCUCGGAACUCGGCUUCCGGCCGUCGGAGCUUUCUUUCUUUUCCCGGAAGUCUAUUUCUCCGAUCAACCUCCGAUUUCCCUUCACCCCUCUAAGGAAAACGAACCCAGAGCCGCCGAUGAGGUGGGCUUCCAGUCGCCGGCUUGUUGUUGCUGCGAAGAAGCCCCCAAUCGAUGGCGUUCCGGCGGAGCUCAACAAAAUCGCUUCCCAGAAGCUGGACUCUGCUCCCGCUCGUCGGCGGGUUCGAUCGGCUUUCAUGGAGCUUCAACAGCAGCUCGAUCACUGCUUGUUCAAGAUGGCUCCUCCUGGGAUCAGGACUGAGGAGUGGUAUGAGUGUAAUUCAAGGGGUCUGAAUAUUUUCUGCAAAAGAUGGUUCCCUGAGCCAGAUGUUCAUAUUAAGGGUGCUGUGUGUUUUUGCCAUGGCUAUGGUGAUACCUGCACUUUCUUUUUUGAUGGAAUUGCCAGGCACAUUGCUGCAUCUGGGUAUGCCGUUUAUGCGAUGGACUAUCCAGGGUUCGGUCUUUCGGAAGGAUUGCACGGUUACAUUCCCAGCUUUGAUCAACUAGUCGACGAUGUUAUAGAACAGUACAAGAAGUUUAAAGGGAUAGCUGAAUUGAAAGGAUUGCCCCAUUUUAUAUUAGGACAGUCCAUGGGGGGAGCUGUUACCUUGAAAGUUCACUUGAAGGAACCAAAGCUUUGGGAUGGAGUGGUUCUUGUGGCUCCCAUGUGUAAAAUUGCAGACAAUGUGAAACCGCCAGAACCCGUGCUUAAGGUUUUAACUCUAAUGUCUAGUGUUGUGCCAAAAGCCAAGCUUCUACCAAAGGUCGAUCUCGGUGCACUGGCUCUCAGAGAAACAGAGAAAAGGAAACUGGCUGUUUAUAAUGUGAUAUCGUACGAUGAUCGGAUGCGCGUCAAAACUGCAAUAGAACUUCUAAAGGCGACAGAUGAAAUCGAGAAACAAGUGGAGAAAGUCUCUUCACCAUUACUGGUUCUUCAUGGAGCUGCAGACAAGGUGACAGAUCCUAAGAUUAGUCAGUUUCUGUACGAGAAGGCGUCGAGCAAGGACAAGACUCUGAAACUCUAUGAAGAAGGCUUUCACUGCAUCCUUGAAGGAGAACCUGAUGAAAGAAUUUUCACUGUUCUUAAUGAUAUCAUCCACUGGCUCAAUUCCCGAUGCUCCUCGACGUAGCUCUCGAUUAACUGUACAACGAUAUUCAUCUAUUGUUUAUGGUUUUUUGUGACAAUUCUAGUCCUAGUGAGAAUAAGUUAGAUGUAACUUACUCUUCGGUGCUCUCAAAUAAUAUGUUUUAGUAUUGGAUUUAAUAGAAAGCUCAUGAAACAAAAUUUUAAGAAUUUUACAAUUCUAUGUAUUAUUUGUGA